AGAUGUAAAUGUCAUUUUAAACGUCAAACAGCUGUCUAGCAAAAUAUUAAAAUAAUUAAAAUUAAAAAAUUGUUUUUGUGUUAAAAAAAAACUAAUUGUACAUAAUUCCUCGCUUUCCCGUGUGCACAAUGUACAAUGGCAGGGAGUAAUAAUUCCGACGACAGCAACCGUGCGCCAGAAAACUUUCAUUUGUCCUCAUCCAACGAGGGAACGGAAAGCUUGGGUCAAUCCGCAAAGUGUCCAUUGUGUCUGAACCAAGCCAGGGCGUUCUACUGCUGCGACUGUCUCACAAAUGGGGACUUCCACUCCAAGAAGAAUUGGUCCAAUGAAAGGUUUGCAGAAAAAAAGAUCCACUGGCUAAAUCAACAAUCCAAUUCCAAGACGAUGGAGAUUAAGUGUGGCCAUCUGAUGCAGAAGCAUAGCCGCGCUGAAGGUCUCCGGACACGGAUAAAGUUAAAGGAGCAGCGAGUGACGCUGCUGAAGAAGCAAAUUGCGGAUAUCCGGAGUCGCAUGGAGAGUGGCCAGAAGGAAUUGACUGCUCUUAAUCAGAGGAACAAGGAACUGCAGCGCACACUGCCGAGAUAUGGGUACAAAGUGCGCGAGCUGGAUGACUAUGUGACGAACAAGCUCAGCGCACUGGACAAGCAUUGGGCUGAUCACAUAGCUGUCCGGACGGAGCUGAAGAAGCUAAUACGGAGCAGCAUUAGUCGCCUCAUUCACUACAUCUUCCCCAUAGAGCGAUCUGUGAGGGAAAGUGCUAGUGGGCAGAGUACAGCGAAAGAACUUGCGGAUGCAACGCACACAGCCUACAUACGGGGACAGUGGGUACUGCAGGACAGCUUAGGAGAGGUUCAGCACACAAUAGUUGCUCCGUACCUUCCUGGAAAUGGUGAUUACUCCGCCUACUGCGACUGGGUGGCAACACACAAAGACGGUGUACCGGCAAAUACGAGUGACAAAGACACCACAAUUGACCAUAAUCCUGCUUUUAGGAUUAGUGCUGCUCUCACGUACACGGCACAACUUGUGCAGGUGCUCAGCUACUACCUGGACGUAACGUUGCCCUUCAAAAUGAGCUACAGCGAUUUCUGCAGCAGCUACAUGAACGAAAGCAGCUUCAAUAGGCGCGUUGCACGGCUCAAUGCAAACAUCUUUUUCCUCUGCUACGCACAACGUGUGCGACUUUCUGACCUCAAUCCCAUGCACACCAUUGAGAACAUUCAAACGCUUUUGCAGCUUGAGCACAGCGAUCUAGGGUGGAUGGGACACAUGGAGCCCACAAAUACACCAACUAAAUCCGUGGAGUCCCUACUAAAGAUCGGGCUAGAGUGUGGCAAUGAUUCGGAAUCCGAAGAUGAAAAUAGUUUUCCAUACGAAUGGGAGGCAGUUCCGCACCUUUCGCCAUUGGAUGUGGCAUCACCCACACCAUCUGUGCCCACUGCCCAGAAUCCCCUUCAGACUGCCAGCUUGGUGACUAGUGCAGCUGCCUCAAUUGCAUCCAUUUGGCGAGGAUGGACAGCGCAAAAGUGAAAUUUAAUUAGCAAUCUACAUCACUUUAGACAUUUUUGUGACAUCAUUUUAAUUUCAAAUAAAUCUUUCUUUGAUUAAAUUACUAA